AUGGGGAGUGACUACAGUGACCUUUUAUGUUACUACACCUUCCUGCGACCUCUUCCCCUUUCCCCAGAGGCCCUGUGCUGCACUCCGGAUCACUCCUUUCAUUUAGAGCUGGGAAGUGAAGUUGACAUCUCUGAAGGAGAGAGAAAAUCAGUCUCCACUACUUCUAUUACCAUAAUCCCUCAAUGCAUAAAGGAGGAGGAUGUCACCUCAGACAAUGAUAGUGGCAUCUGUAUGAGCCUGGAGUCCUAUCUGGGCUCUCCCCAGAAUGGUCCCUCCACCUCCAGGGCCUCCCCAAACAGGAAUCUGCUGUCCUCAGCUUCCCCCUGUGGGUCUGCUGGCCCCAAACCCUAUGACCCUCCUGGAGAGAAGGUGGUAGCUGCAAAAGUAAAGGGUGAGAAACUAGAUAAAAGGCUGAAAAAAAUGGAGCAGAACAAGACAGCAGCUACUAGGUACCGCCAGAAGAAGAGAGCAGAACAGGAGGCCCUCACCGGUGAGUGUAAAGAGCUAGAAAAGAAAAACGAGGCUCUGAAAGAGAAGGCCGAUUCCUUGGUGAAGGAGAUCCAGUACCUGAAAGAUUUGAGAGAGGAAGUCCGCAAGGCCAGGGGAAAGAAAAGGGACCCCUAGUUAGGGUAGUCAGUGUGCUUGUACAUAGGAGGCUUGAGCUGGAGAUGUGUAUCAUAAUAAAUUAUUUUGUAGUGAAAAAAAAA